AUGUCGUCCCAGCAGGAUUUUGUCACCGUUCAGAUCACGGUGCGCAUUCCGCGUACCCUUCUGAACAACACGAACAGUCAUCAUUUUGUCAUCGAGGUUGCUCCUGGCCAGGAGCACCAGACUGAGGCCUCGACUACCACCCAUAUCCCUCACACUAUCUCUGGCCAGGAGAAGACCUCAACCACCACCGCCGAGGAAGACCCUUCUUCGCUUACAGCCUACUUCAAGAUCUCCGACAAAUCGAUUUCAAAACACAACGCAAGCCAACCUCAAGUUGUUCAUCACCUCGAACACAAACCAAACAAGCAUUCAUCAAGACCUUCGUCGACUUUAUCAGCACAACCAAGCUACACCAUGUCGACCAACAUGAAGCCCACGACCACUGCCAGCCUCCUGAAGGAGCUGAGCAACAACCCCGCCGAGAACGCUGCCCUCCAGUUUAGUAUCGAAGCCAAGCACGUCAGAUUUACCGAUUUGCAGCUGUACGCUCUGCGCUUUUGGUACGACCAAUACCACAUCCUCAACCACGACGUGCCGCGCGCUUGCUUACUAUCCUAUCGCCAAACUUAUCAGACACUUUCCUUCAUUAGCAAUUCGAGCUUCCCCAUUUAG